UGAAUAGUCGAUCGUAGGCAGACAUUAUCAAAAUCACCACGGUCAUAGAUUGUGUUUUGAAAGCUCACUCCUUCAGGAUUUCGUUCUCACGGUUAUGCACGAGCGUUCGAAAGUCUAGAUCGAAGGAGCAUCGUGCUCGAAGAGCCAUCUUCUGAUGAUCAACGGGGAGGGAGUUAUUCUGAGCAGGGUUUGAAGGUUUUUUAGCUUGAGACGUUAGAUACUGUCCGUAAGGUCCGAGCCAUGGUUUUGGCUAGAUUUUGCAUGCUAUGGUGCAAAUGAGGUGAUCGAGCUUGCGAUGGGUACUGGCACCAAGUAUCGUUUCCUGCACAAUAUCACCGUUUCUGCCACGGCAUUGUACACCGCCAUCCUCCUCUCUGCCGACUACGGCUCCAACCCGCACAUCUUCUCUUCUCUGCCCAACUCCAUCCAGGGUAACAAGAACUGGUUCCAUAAUCCUUUCAAGGGCGAGCAAGAGGAGUUGCAGCGCCGUCUCGUAUCAUCUACCUGGGCUCACUAGGCUGCGUCUGAUGCGAAGCAGUAGCUGGAUUCUAAAACUUACCUCGGAUUGACUUGCCCUGUUAUCGACAGUUUUUUUCAGAAUCUUUUAGAGAGUUUUAUACUUGGUAAUCUUCAGGGCGUGUGCGCAUCAGACUUCUGCAAUGGCUGCUACCGUUCGACUGGCCACCCGGUUAGAUGUUCCACUUAUCAAUGCACUCGUUUAUGAGCUUGCUGAAGUAGAGGAAAUGAGGUCCAGCUGCAAAUCCACGGACAUCGGGCUGAAUGAGCUCCUCUUCACGCACGCACCAUUUCAGGGGCCUACAGUCUUCAUUCUUGAGAUUGAGGAGCCCACGAAGGAAGCUGCUAGUCAGAACAAAGACGACGAAGCUAUGUCUGGUACCGUUGUGACAAAGCCCUUGUCAGACACAUCAGGGGAGAUUGAGAAGGUACCUCCUGUCAACACCAGUGAAGUUCUGCUAGGAAAUACAGCUUCGGUGGAAUUAAUGUUGUUUAGAUCCGUAAGCAAUGUGAAGUACAGAGGGAGGUUCUUCAGUGAAGCCUGUUCUCCGAAAGCCUCAGAUGGAGUGUUCUUAAAUGAAGUCAGCUCCCCAAAGUCCCUUUUGCAGUCCAACAAGGAGACGGAUAUGGAGGAGCCUGUCCUAGAGGUUUUCCGAUCUGCCAGUAACAUGAACCUGAAAGAACACGACACCAGCGCUCCUGCAAUUGCCGCGUCCGAAGUCGUUGAGGCGCCUAGAGGGAUUCCCAGGAUCAAUUCUGGCAGCGAGGAUCUCUACGCUGAGGUCAUAGGUGAAUUUUCGGCGGGCAGUUUGGUAGAGGAUCCAGACCGUGAGGCAUUUCAGUCACCAUGUGUCGAUGGCAAGAACUCUCGUAUUGUCGCUGGCUUUGCUCACGUUUUCCCAAAUUACUCGACCUACCUUGCGAAACCAGGCUUGUAUAUGGAGGCUCUUCAUAUCAGGAAACCUUACAGAAGGAUGGGAUUGGGCACGAUGUUUCUCAAGAAAAUUGCCAAGGAGGCUGUGAAGCUAGGGAUGGAGAGGAUAGAAUGGUGUUUGCUGCAUUCCAACCAGCCUGCCAUUAAUUUUUAUGAAGGCAACGGUGGAAGGAUCAAACCUGGGUUUCGGAAGUGUGCCAUCGAUGGCGAAGCCUUCAACAGUUGCGAACCAUAGCGUCAAGAUCACCUCUUGCAUCGAAAAUAAAAGGCACUUGAAGUCGUCGUCGUUAGAGAAAGAUUUUAGAAAAUGCUUCCUGAAACUUUUCUUUGUGGAUGCUUGAGCUGUUUUCCUUGUAAAGCAUUAUUUGAAGAUUGUUUUUCAGAGUUUUUGCAAUUAGAGUGCCAGGACAGCUAGCAUGCGUCUCAUGCAUUGUUGGCUUUUGGAAUUGGUAGUUGUAGAUAGUAAAUUGAUUCUCUUUUAGAGUUAGUGUUCACUUCGCUACAGAUUAGUUACAUAAGUUUCAUUGGUCAACACUCCGUCAGCGAUGAAUAGAUUAAUAUUUUUUUGCUUUAGUUAAGUGAGUGCUUCGGCACAUCUUUACUCGCAACGUUCCAAUUGUUGGCAAAACUUCGAUAAACACCGUGAUAUCCGUUUCGUUA